AUGUCUUCACGCCUAGGCCUGCUCCCGGCGGCAGGAGGCGGGGCCAGCGGAGGAAGCCGGGGCGAAGGCGGCGGCGCAGCGGCCCCCGCACUUCUUCCUCGCCCCACCGCAGCCAAGUCUAGUCUAGAAGGACCCACGCCGCCGUCGCCGCCGCCGCCGCCGCCCCUCCAGCCCCUCCCAGUCGCGUCUCCUUCCGACGCGGUGCCCUCCGGGGGAGCGCCCCACUGCGCAGGCGCGGUAACCAAGGCGGCGGUGUCUAGAGCAGGGAGCGAGCGGCGCGAGCGUGACCGAGCGCCCGGCGCACGGCGGCGGCCCUCCCGCGGGUCCCGGGCCGCGCGGCGCCUGGGCCCGCCCCCUCGGCCCGGCCGCCCGCCCCUCUCCGAUGGCCUCUCCCCCCGGCCCGUGUGGAACGCCGCCGCCGCCGCGGCCCCCGCGCCCGCCCCGCGCCGCCUGAAGGGAGCCCGACAGGCCCGAGCCGCCCGCCGCGGCCUGUCCCGGCCACCGCCCGCGCCCGGCCCCGGCGCGCUGCCCCCCGCGCUGCUGACGGCGCUCGGGCCCGCGGCCGAGGGCGCCCGGCGGCUGCACAAGUCGCCGUCGCUGUCGUCGUCGUCGUCGUCCUCGUCUAACGCCGAGUCGGGCACCGAGAGCCCGGGCUGCUCGUCGUCGUCCUCGAGCAGCGCCUCGCUCGGCCGGGCGGGCGGCGGCCGCGGCGGCGCCUUCUUCCACUUCGCCGACGGCCCGCCGAGCGCCCCCGGCGCGGCCAACGGGCAUCCCGGGCCGCGCGGCCCCGCGCCCGCCGGCUCCCCGCCGCAGCACCAGUUCCACCCGGGCCGCCGGAAACGCGAGAACAAGGCCAGCACCUACGGCCUCAACUACCUGCUGUCGGGCAGCCGCGCGGCCGCGCUGAGCGGAGGGGGCGGCCCCGGAGCCCAGGCGCCGCGGCCCGGCACGCCGUGGAAGAGCCGCGCGUACAGCCCCGGCAUCCAGGGACUUCAUGAGGAAAUCAUUGACUUUUAUAACUUCAUGUCCCCUUGUCCUGAAGAAGCAGCCAUGCGACGGGAGGUGGUGAAGCGGAUCGAAACCGUGGUUAAAGACCUUUGGCCAGCGGCUGACGUACAGAUAUUUGGCAGCUUUAGUACAGGCCUUUAUCUCCCAACCAGUGACAUCGACUUAGUGGUCUUUGGAAAGUGGGAGCGUCCUCCUCUGCAGCUGUUGGAGCAAGCUCUGCGGAAGCACAAUGUGGCCGAGCCGUGCUCCAUCAAAGUACUUGACAAAGCUACAGUACCUAUAAUAAAACUCACAGACCAGGAGACUGAAGUUAAAGUCGACAUCAGCUUUAACAUGGAGACCGGGGUCCGGGCCGCAGAGCUCAUCAAGAAUUACAUGAAGAAAUAUUCAUUGCUGCCUUACUUGAUUUUAGUAUUGAAACAGUUCCUCCUGCAGAGGGACCUGAAUGAAGUUUUUACAGGUGGAAUUAGCUCCUACAGCCUAAUUUUAAUGGCCAUUAGCUUUCUACAGUUGCAUCCGAGAAUUGAUGCCCGGAGAGCUGAUGAAAACCUUGGAAUGCUUCUUGUAGAAUUUUUUGAACUCUACGGAAGAAAUUUUAAUUACUUGAAAACUGGUAUUAGAAUAAAAGAAGGAGGUGCCUAUAUCGCCAAAGAAGAGAUCAUGAAAGCCAUGACCAGUGGGUACAGACCAUCAAUGCUGUGCAUUGAGGACCCUCUCCUACCUGGAAACGAUGUUGGCCGCAGUUCGUACGGGGCCAUGCAGGUGAAGCAGGUGUUUGACUACGCCUACAUUGUUCUCAGUCACGCUGUGUCGCCCCUCGCGAGGUCCUAUCCCAACAGAGACUCUGAAAGUACUCUAGGAAGAAUCAUCAAAGUGACUCAGGAAGUGAUCGACUACCGGAGGUGGAUCAAGGAGAAGUGGGGCCGCAAGGCCCCCCCAGCGCCCGAGCUUGACAACAGAAUUAAGAUAAAGGAGCGAAUAAAUUCAUGUGAUGGGGAUCCGCCCCAGCGCCGAGACCCGGAGUCCCCCUACAGCCAGCGCCUGACCUUGUCUCUGCCCAGCCCCCAGCUACUCUCGUCCGGCUCGUCCGCCUCCUCUGUGUCUUCACUUUCCGGGAGUGACAUUGAUUCUGACACGCCGCCCUGCACAACGCCCAACGUUUACCAGUUCAGUCUGCAGGCACCUACUCCUUUGCUGGCCAGCCUACCCACCGCCUUGCCCGUGCCGAGCGGCAAAGCUCAGUCCGCUCCUUCCAGAACGUUGGUCAUGACGACUAACACUCAGACCAGGUUUACGAUACCUCCACCGACCCUGGGGGCGGCCCCCGUCCCGUGCAGACAAGUUGGCGUUGAAGGAACUCCGGCGUUGAAAGCUGUUCAUCACAUGUCUUCCGCGGCCAUUCCGUCCGCAUCUCCCAACCCGCUCUCAAGCCCUCACCUGUAUCACAAGCAGCACAGCGGCAUGAAGCUGUCCAUGAAAGGCUCGCACAGCCACAGCCAGCCUGGCACGUACAGCUCUGUGGGCAGUGGAGGCGUGCGGCCCCCCGUGGGCAACCGGGGACACCACCAGUACAACCGCACCGGCUGGAGGAGGAAAAAACACACACACACGAGGGACAGCCUGCCUGUCAGCCUGAGCAGAUAAUAGCCCCUGAUGGCGCCCCCCCGCC